UCCUGACCAUGUCUAGUAAUUACGGCCUCUCUCCACAACAUCUGCAAUAAUGUGACAUUGUUCACGCCAUAUCAUCCUCGAUGCCGUCAACCAAAGAUGCGUCGCUGUAUGGCGAGCCACGCCCAAAGAAGAGUCACUCCAAGGAAGUCUCAUCCUCGAGUACUCUGGCAUUCACAUCUCAACUAUCGUCUCUCAUAGCUUCUUCCUCGAAGGAUAGCUCCAAGACCAUGAGUGGAAGAGCGCGAAAAGGCAACAAGGACGACAUAUUCAAAGCGCACAAUAAGAAUGCCAAGAAGCGUGCUCUGAAGGAUCUCCAGGACUCUGAGAUGAGUCGGCCUGCCGCCAGUACCGAGCCUCUGGAUGAAGCACAAUGGAAACGCGCGCGGAGAAAGAUGGAAGAGAAAUCAAGGCUGUACAACGCAAUGAAGAGAGGAGAUAUAGAAGAUCUGGAUGAUAAGCAUAUGGUAGAUUUUGAUCGGAAGUGGGCAGAAGCACAAGACAAGCCCGAAGAUCAAGCUCCGGAAAUCUCGUCGGACGAGGACGAAGAAAGUGAUGAAGAGUUGAUCGAGUACCAAGACGAGUUUGGCCGGACGAGGAAGGGCACACGUGCUGCAAUUGCUCGGGAAGAAAUGGCGAAACGAACCAAUGCCCGAAUUCAGGAAGAGCAGCUCGGAACAAAGCCAACUGCACCGUCCAACAUUAUCUACGGCGACACUAUACAAACGGCAGCUUUCAAUCCAGACGAGAGUGUGGCAUCGAAGAUGGCUGAGCUGGCUGCUAAGAGAGAUAAAGAACCCACACCUCCUCCAGACAAGCACUUCGAUUCGAAGGAAGAGAUACGGACGCGCGGCACAGGCUUCUACGCAUUCUCUGGCGACAAGGAAGAGAGGGAACGACAAAUGAAUGCUCUGAAAAAGGAACGGGAGGAGACCGAGCGCGCACGAUCUGAGAUGAGCCAGAGAAAGGAGCAGCGGAAACGGGAGGUGGAAGAACGACGAAAGGCUAUCAACGCUAAAAGAUUGAAAGGAGAGGCCGACAGGUUUCUUGCUGAGCUGGAAGUGCCGAAGAACUUGGGUGGUGGCUGAAGUGCUUCGAGGUGAUGCAAUGCAAGACUUCAAUUCCAGAGGACCGGGAAAGUACAACAUUUGAUGCAUUGUGAAAUUGACACGCGACCAAACUGAACUGACAAACU